AUGUCACAGUAUCUCUAUACUCGCUUGCGGGAGGGUGUUGCCAACGCACUGCCCUGGCACAGCGGAGAUGCGAGUGUGAAAGGCGAUCCUCGGAAAACCGUCAAAUGGAUCGAUGGCCUCCGUGGCAUCGCCUCGUUCAUGGUCGUCAUGACCCAUCUAGCCCGUGCAUGGGAUUACGACCUCUUCUCGCCCCGAGAUAAUCCAGAUGUACCGCCCCGAAUAAUGCAGCAAAUGGUGCUGCGGAUCCCGUGGCAGGGCCGUAUCGGUGUCACCGUCUUUGCUUUUCUCACUGGAUAUGUCUGCGCUCUGAAGCCCAUGAAGCAAGCCCGCGCCGGAGAUGUUGAUGGGGCCUUCACAACCGUCGCCAAAAGCGCUUUUCGCCGCCCGCCUCGUCUCAUGCUCCCAGCUACAAUUGCGAUGUGUAUUUCAUGGACCCUAGCCCAGUUUGGCGCCUACACUGUUGGAAAUCGUUGCGACUCGUCAUGGACCCGCGAUGCGUCUCCCGAUCUCGAGGAUGCGCUGUGGAAGGAGGUGGUCCGCCUGUUCAAGAACUUCUUCGUCGCCUGGACUAAUACCGACUAUAAUGUUCACAUGGUCUAUGACGAACAUCAGUGGGCCCUCCUGCCGCUGCUGAAAUGCUCCAUGCUGAUCUACAUCGUUUCCUUCGCUACCAUUCUCUGCAAAUACCGAUGGCGACUGCUCAUCUGCAUUCUCCUGAUCGCUUACUUCCACCAAGACCCAAAACUUGACCGCGAAACCUUCCAGAUUCAAGCUCUAUACGGCAUGAUCUUGAGUGAUCUUUCCUACGAGCACGGAUACAAGAGCUUCUUGCAGAACGCAACCUAUCGCUGGCCGCGUCGCAUCGUAGCGUGGGGUCUGCUGGUGGGUGGACUGUAUAUCUGCUCGUACCCCGGCGAGCAUCCCGAAUGGGCCGACUGGUCACAGCGCAUGUUCGAUAUAGCAACCUAUAUUUUCCCCCUUGGUAGCAACUACGGCAAACGCUGGACGGCGGUCGGUAUCGACAUGAUCAUCAUGUCGAUUUUCUUAACUCACUGGUCCAAGGAAUUUCUCUCUAGCUCGCUUCUUCUCUGGCUCGGCAAGCAGAGUUUUGCCGUCUAUCUUCUCCACGGCACGCUGUUGCGCACUGUGUUGGUGUGGAUGAUCUAUGGUAUCACAGGCCAGCCCUGGGCUUGGACUACAGAUAUCGAUGGGUCUCCCGUGCCUCCGGAAUGGCUGCCGCGCCGUGCACCAUGGGUAUUUGCCAUCAGCAUCCCCUGCUGGCUUGCCUUACUCUACACCUGCGCCUCGCUGUGGACAAACCAUGUUGAUCCAUUUUGUGCUCGUCUGACGCAAAGGAUUGAGAAUACCUUUUUCGAAGACAACACUGAGAAAGAACAGCAUCUAAUACCUAUGAGUUCACGGCCAAUGCCCAUGUAA